AUGGCCGAGGUACUACAGCCAAAUGCUGCCGAAUCUCAGGCAAAGCAUGUUGUUUACUGCGGUGAGGCCCUUAGUUCGAAUCUUUCCAAUCUUUCGGUAUCUGUCCGUGAACGUGCUGCCAAAGAUGCUGCCAAAAAGGAGGCAAAGGCUGCUUUAGCAGAGGCCCGGGACGCUGAGCGCAAAGCGGCCUCUAAAGUUCUUAUCAAACGAGUGGAGCGCAACAAACGCAAGCAUGUCAGUGUGAUCACCGGGCUAGAGGUAUACGGUCUAGAGAACAAGAAGAUUGCCAAGGAACUCGGCAAGAAGUUUGCGACUGGCUCUUCAGUGACAAAAUCCGCUGCCGGCACCGAGGAGAUCACGGUGCAGGGUGAUGUGAGCGACGACGUCAAAGACUGGUUGUUGGAGGUGUACGGCAAAGAAAUUCCAGAAGCGAAUAUUGAGCUUAUCGAGGACAAAAAGAAGAAGGGGGGGAGCUGA